GAGCGGGUGUCGCAAAACAAAAGAGCAUUGCAGGAAAAGGCGCAGUUGAAGCGAUAGGCAGCGAGGAGAGAUAACAGACAGGUACAAAAGCAACAUGUGCUGGGCAGCCUUAACAGCAGCUGGCACAACACCGACAUUGCCACUGCUUUUCCUUCCAUCUACCAUGGUUCAACUCUCUAUAUCAUCCAUCCUGGCCCUGGCCCUGGCCAUGGCACCGGCAGCCAUCUCAGUUGCAGCUGGUGGACACUCAGGCAUCCAGCUCUUUGCACCAUCGCUCAGCGGCAGGCCAACAUUCACCGUCUACAGCAACCCUGUCCAAGUCAGUUCAUCGGGUUCAUCAUCUGCCAAUAUCGGAAGCCUGAAUAGCGACCUCAAGUCCAAGGUGACCAUUGCCACGGAGUACCUAGCCCAGAAACACAACAUCCGCACUUCCUCAAUGAGCAUCACCGAUGCCUACACCGAUGGGUCUACCGGAAUAACCCAUGUCUACCUGCGCCAGGUCAUUGGCGGCGCACCUGUAGCAAACGGACUGGCCAAUGUCAACAUGGAUUCUCAAGGGCGUGUCAUCUCUUCUGGGCAGUCGUUUGCGGCAGACGAUGGAAAAUUAAUGUCCAGACGCAGUGCAGGAUCGCUUGCUGCGCGCGCCUCGGAAACUGCCACGCUUAAGACCGCAUUGAAGGGACUAGCCGACUACAUCAAGACAUCGAUCAGCGACACCGAUCUGGGGAAGCUAUCGAUUGCUGCAUCGUCCAGUCUAGUGCAGGGCGGAUCAGGCUAUGUCAUCAGCCAGAUGCCCAGCUCGGUUUCUUCCACAGGCACGUCUACUGCAUCCCGGUCGAUGAUCCAGAGCCCUGACGGCACGCUCACAAACACAUGGCAUAUUGUCUUGGAGCAGCCCAAUCACUGGUGGAGCGCACACGUCAACGCAGCUACGGGCAAGGUCGAAGCAAUCAACGACUGGGUUGCUAGCCUGGAGUCCUUCAAUGUCUACCCGCGCAACAUCAACACCCCAGCCGACGGAGAUCGAUGUGUGGUAACCAACCCAGCCAACUCUGUUGCUAGUCCCAAGGGGUGGGUGACUGGUGGCACAACAGUUGGCAACAAUGUCUGGGCACAGAACAACCCCACUGGCGGCAGCACGUGGAAGAACAACCACCGCCCUAGUGCGCCCAACAACAGCUUCGAUUUCCCACUUGACCUGAGCCAGCAGCCCUCCAGCUAUGUCGAUUCGGCAAUCACGCAGCUGUUCUAUUCAGUCAACACCAUGCACGACCUGGCGUACCUGUAUGGAUUCGAUGAGGCAGCGGGAAAUUUCCAGGAUGUCAACUUCAGCGGUCAGGGGGCCAGCGGCGACGGCGUCAUUGCGAAUGCCCAGGAUGGGUCGGGUGUCGACAAUGCCAAUUUUGCUACACCCCCAGAUGGCGAGCGCCCUCAGAUGCGCAUGUACGUGUGGACAGAAACCACGCCUGAGCGCGAUGGCGAUCUAGAGCAGGACAUCGUUGCGCACGAGUUCACCCACGGCAUCUCAAAUCGCCUAACGGGUGGCCCAUCCAACACCGACUGCCUCGGCUGGGGAGAGCCCGGAGGAAUGGGUGAGGGGUGGAGCGACACUGUGGCUCUGCUGCUCCGCAUCAAGCCUGGACACACUCGCUCGCUUGACAUGCUGAUGGGCGAAUAUGUGUACGGCAAAGGCAUCCGGAACUACCCGUACUCGACCUCGACCAGCACAAACCCCAACACAUUUAACAUGCUCAAUGAUCCAGACUACCAGGAGGUGCACGCUAUCGGGGAAGUGUGGGCUGAGAUGCUCUACGAGGUCAUCUGGAAUCUUAUCGACGCGAACGGCAUUGCCGAGGACCUGUUCUCGCACGAUCUGAGCAAAGGCAACUCGGUUGCGCUCCAGAUUCUCCUGGAUGGCAUGAAGCUGCAGCCCUGCAGCCCAACUUUCAUUGAUGCGCGCAACGCGAUAAUUCAGGCCGAGAAGAACCUGACCGGUGGCAAGAACAUGUGUGCGGUUUGGAAGGGCUUUGCUAAGCGUGGACUCGGCUACCAUGCAUCUGGUGGGAACGGUGCUACCUAUAAAGAGGAUUUUACUCUCCCGAGUGGAUGCUGAAUGCUGAUACUAGCCAAUUUCGUUUAAACUACCUCUUCCAGAUAUCUAAUCGAUAGUAUUAUUUAAAUAUUCAACCCCUAGGUAGAACUUGUUUAAAAUGAAUGCC